AUGAAAACGUAUAUCAAUGUUCAACAAAUAACAUACAUUAUUCCACCAUCAUUGGAAACAUCUUCACAUUAUCAAUACUAUUUACAAUUUUCUUUCACUCGUAAACUUGUGUCUUAUGAGAGAGAAAGUGCGACCUUUCAUAUUUCAACUCGUCCCUCGAUCAUUCUACGAUCUUCACCUGCUUUGAACGAUGUCUAUUAUCCAGGUGAUUUAGUUCCGAUAAUAUGGGAAAGUCAUAAUUUUGACUUCUCAACAACUAUUACUGUUCGAUUUCGUCGAGUACGUUUAUCAGUAAUAAUUGAUGCUAUAUUGGAUACAUUCACAGUAUCAGCCAUAG